CCAAGCUCAAUUCCCUAUAUAAGAGUGAGUGAUACUGAUAUGAAACUACAGAUCAAGAAAUCAAUAACUCAAAAAAAAUGAGAAUAGAUGAUGACUACAUUGACAUUGAACUUAUCUCCUCUCCUAAUAAUAACUUCUUCUGCUACUCAAUAACCUCUCCACCACCCCAAACCAGAGACUUUGAAUUUCAAAUGUGUUCAGUUUCUUCUGAUAAACACACCACUUUUUCGUAUUCUCCGGCCGACGAACUUUUCUACAAAGGCAAUCUUCUUCCUCUUCAUCUUCCUCCUCGUAUGCAAAUGGUUCAAAAACUCCUUCAAAACCCUACUUUUAUUACACCUUCUUCCUGCAAUAUUUCGCCUUCCGUAUCUCGCAGGCUCAGCAAUGAUGAAUUACUCAACCCGGAUGAUGAUUAUUUCUUUGAAUUAAUCGGUUUUAACCAUCCAAUAACAGCAAAAUCUUGGACCAAGAGGUUGAAGAGGUCUCUAUUAGGUCAAAAAUGGAGUCUGUAUUUCAAAUCUUUGUUUAGUUACAAAUCUGGCUCGUGUUCGAAUGUAGAACCGGCUAAAUCAGAAUUAGCGGUUUCGAAAGAGAAAGAUUGUGCUGCAAGUAAGUGCAAGUUAUCAGAUUACAUGGUUGAUUCUGCAAGUUUGAAUCCUGCUAGGAGAAGAUCAUCAUUUUCCGGAGUGAUCCAAAAGGGCCGUCGUGAGCGGCGGGAUGAAACGCGCACUUCAGAUUUUAGCGACUACGACAUUGUUGUCAAUCAAAACUUGAGACUAUGUGCCGAUAAAAAUAGUAGUAACUAUAAUAAGUCAUUUUCAUCAUCUACAUCUUCUUCGAAUUCCGGGCGUUCUUCGUCGUCUUCGUCGUUUUCGUUUAGUUCUUCGUCGCCGAAUGGAGGAGCGUGUUAUGAUUUGCAAGUGCUCAAGAGAAGUGCCAGCACCAAUUCAGAAUUGGAGAAUUCAAUUGAAGGAGCAAUUGCCUACUGUAAAAAGUCUCAGGCGGAUUCAGGAGUAUUUGUAGCUGGUGGAAAUCAAGAAAUUAAGGCCUAAAUUUAAACUCUAAUUAGUAAUUUAUGGUAAAAAAAAAUUAAUUAUUGCUGAAUUGGUAUUCUCAUAUGUGAUCAAAGACUGUGAUUUCCAUAGUGACUUCAAUGUAUAUCUUCUGUUUUGAUUGUUUAGUUAAUGGAGGUUAAUUUAUUUUCCA